AUGGCUGGGAUGUGUAGUGGUGUCCUGGCCGGGCCGUUCUCUGGUGCUCCCCAGGCCUGUGUGGCAGCAGGGAAGAGCCCAGAGGUGGGGGCCUUGGGUGCGGCUGAGAAGAAGGUGAAGAUGCUGGAACAACAACGCGCUGAGCUGCUCGAAGUGAACAAGCAGUGGGACCAGCAUUUCCGGUCUAUGAAGCAGCAGUACGAGCAGAAGAUCACUGAGCUUCGGCAGAAGCUGGCUGACCUACAGAAGCAGGUGACUGACCUGGAGGCUGAGCGGGAGCAGAAGCAGCGUGACUUUGACCGGAAGCUCCUCCUGGCCAAGUCCAAGAUCGAAAUGGAGGAGACCGACAAGGAGCAGCUGACAGCAGAGGCCAAGGAGCUGCGCCAGAAGGUCAAGUACCUGCAGGAUCAGCUGAGCCCGCUCACCCGGCAGCGGGAAUACCAGGAAAAGGAGAUCCAGAGGCUCAACAAGGCCCUGGAGGAAGCACUGAGCAUCCAGGCCUCCCCCUCCUCUCCACCAGCAGCAUUUGGCGGCCCAGAAGGAGCUGGUGGCCUCCUAAGGAAACAGGAGCUGGUCACACAGAACGAAUUGCUGAAACAGCAGGUGAAGAUCUUUGAGGAGGACUUCCAGAGGGAGCGCAGCGAUCGAGAACGCAUGAAUGAGGAGAAGGAAGAGCUGAAGAAGCAGGUGGAGAAACUGCAGGCCCAGGUCACCCUGUCCAAUGCCCAGCUAAAAGCGUUCAAAGAUGAGGAGAAGACAAAAGAAGCCCUCAGACAGCAGAAGAGGAAAGCAAAGGCCUCGGCCGAGCGCUACCACGUGGAGCCCCCCCCAGAGCACGUGUGCGGGGCCUACCCGUAUGCCUACACGGCCGUGCCGGCCCUGGUGCCACACCACGGCUUUGAGGACUGGUCCCAGAUCCGCUACCCCCCGCCCCCCAUGGCCAUGGAGCACCCGCCCCCGCUCCCAAACUCACGCCUCUUCCAUCUGCCAGAAUACACCUGGCGGCCGCCCUUUGGAGGCAUGCGCAAUCAGAGCUCCCAAGUGAUGGACUCGCCCACAGCCAGGCCUGUGGAACCAGAGUCUACGAAAAAUGACCGUGAGGGGCCUCAGUGAGACCAGAUUAUGUCACUUGGCUCCACCUUCGUCUUACAGAGCCACCUGAUCUGAUUGCUGAAAAACUAGAGGCCAUGUUCUCUGUGUGGCCAGAGCCUUGGUUGGAUGGGAGGCUGAUGGGCCACUGGGUUGUGCCCCAGCCCGAACUAAACUGUUUCCGAACUGGAGAGGCUCCACCCGGAAGGCUUCCAUUUGGCCCCUCCUUUGGGGUGACCAGGAGAAACUCACUACCUUGCAGCCAAGUGGCGAGAGGCCUCAUCCGACUUUGACCUGCCAUGCUUUGUGGAAUCACUGGGGAACCUCAGUCUCAAGAGUGGGGUGCAGUGGAGACCCCUUCCUUUCGAAACUUCCCUGGAAGUGGUUCCAGCCCCUCGGUGGAACAUGUCCCAUUCACGUGUGUGUUUAAUUUUUGCUUCAAGCUCUAUGGUAGCCGGACCUGCCCCGUGCCCAAGCCUUCCCCUCUGAGGAGCUGCGGGAAGAGCGGGUUUGCUCCCAGAAGCAGGAGAGAAUGACAGGCGUCCUGUUGCAGGACCACUUCCACCCACGGCAGCCUUGCCAGCACCAUGGCAGCCUGGGAUGAAGGCCCCGCCAGCCACAUGUGCUGAGGGGCCCACCGUGAAGCUGGAGGCUUGCGGUGCCAGAGGCCCAGAUCAAGGUGGCUGGCUGUCCCUGGGCAGCUGUUUGCACGAAUCUUGGACAUAAAUCCAAGUUGAAGAUCA